AUUUUCUUUUUGACUUUUUUUUUUCAUACAAAUGAAAGCACAGAGAAGAGAGAACCAGACCAAAUUGUCUCUUUAUAAUAGUUAUGAAAUCACCAUAUAUAAGAGGUUAUAUUAAAAACCCGAUGUAAAAAUUUAGAUAUAAAGAGAAUUAAUGUCAUUGUCAGAGACAAGUAAUCGCUCGUCCCUCAGUUGCCUACUUUUCUUCCAUGCUUCGUGCUUAGUAGUAGAAAAGCUGGAAUGAUAUUUAUCUUUAGUAUUAGUGUGGUUCUUCUCCUAGCGGCAUAAUAGACCAUUCAGGGGCAUAGAGAAGUAGUUGAGCAAUGGAGGGAAGUGAAAUAGUUGAAGCUGAAAAUAAGUUUGGUUUGCCUCCUAUCCCACCUUUAACUGUUGGGAUAGCUAUUGAUGGAAAAAGGAAAAGUAAAUAUGUGGUGUAUUGGGCAUUGGAGAAGUUCAUACCAAAGGAGAAUGUUGUCUUCAAGUUGUUACAUGUGCGCCCAAAGAUUACUGCCGUCCCUACACCAAUGGGAAAUUUCAUUCCAGUAUCACAAAUACGAGAUGAUGUAGCAGCAGCUUACAGGAAGGAAAUGGAGUGGCAGACAAGUCAAAUGCUUCUUCCUUUCAAGAACAUAUGUACUCGGAGAAAUGUGCAAGUAGAUGUCGACAUGAUUGAAUCGAAUGACGUGGCUAAGGCAUUAGCAGAGGAAGUCGCUAAGUGCACUAUCAAUAAGCUUGUUAUAGGGGCUCCAUCUCGUGGCAUGUUUACAAGGAAACCCAAGGGAAAUAAUCUCUCCUCGCGAAUAUCCGAUUGCAUCCCAAAUUUUUGCACGGUGUAUGCUGUUUCAAAAGGAAAAUUGUCAUCUAUCCGGCCAUCUGAUCUGGAGACAAAUGGUAGCACUAGAGAUGACAGUAGUGUUACAAGUUCAAGUAGUAGCUCAUCAGGGCGCACUUUGAGCUCGCAAACAGAUGCUGCCUCAGUCACUUCAUUUUCUCAAAUCCAUUCUCCUUCCUUGCUGAUACAGCGAUUUCAAGCUCUUUCAACUAUAAACCAGGGCCUCCUUCAUACAAGAACAAAUUCCAUCGAGACCAAUCAUUCAAGAUCCCAGUUUCUGGAUAAUGAACUUCAGGCUGUUUCAACUAUAAACCAGGGCACUCUUCAUACAAGAACAAGUUCUAUAGAGACCAGUCAUUCAAGAUGCCAAUCUCUGGAUAUGGAGGAAGGCAAAUAUGCAGCAAGUUCUUGUCCCAAUAAUUCAGAAUUUGGAAAUCCAGUCAGUCAGAGUUCUAGUUGCAGAAGUUUGCCGACUGAUUACCAGUCAUGGGCAUCUGAUCAAGCUUCCACCUCAGAUGCGCUUACAGAUUAUUCUUCAUCUGGCAGCCAGGCAAAUUUUAACUUUGAGCUAGAAAAGCUUAGGAUUGAACUAAGACAUGUUCGAGGAAUAUAUGCAAUGGCUCAAAAUGAGGCAAUUGAUGCUUCUCGAAAGUUGAAUGAUUUGAAUAAACAUCAUUUGGAGGAAGCCAUAAAGCUCAAGGAAAUAAACCGCAGGGAGAAGGAAGCUGAAGAAUUGGCAAGACAAGAGAAGGAAAGGAGCGAAGCUGCAAUAAAGGAAGCUGAAUUCAUAAGGGAAUGCACUGAAAGAGAAGCUUCACAAAGGCAAGAAGCCGAGCUUCAAGCCAUUCGUGAUGCCAAAGAAAAAGAGAAGCUUGAAAAGGCGCUCAUAGGUAAAGUGGAGCAAUACCAGAAGUACACAUGGGAAGAGAUUGUGUCUGCUACCUCUUCAUUCUCAGAGAAUCUUAAAAUUGGAAUGGGAGCAUAUGGAACAGUGUAUAGGUGCAGUUUGCAUCAUACAACUGCAGCAGUGAAAGUCCUUCACUCAAAAGAGAACUCUAAUUACAAGCAAUUUCAGCAGGAGCUUGAGAUCUUGAGUAACAUUCGUCACCCUCACUUGCUUAUCCUUCUUGGUGCGUGUGCUGAUCAUGGUUGCCUAGUUUACGAGUAUAUGGAGAAUGGUAGCUUGGACGAGAGGCUACUAAGGGUGAACAAUACACCAGCCAUCCCAUGGUAUGAAAGGUAUCGAAUUGCUUGGGAAGUGGCCUCAGCUCUUGUAUUUCUUCACAACUCCAAGCCAAUGCCAAUUAUUCAUCGUGAUCUGAAACCAGCUAACAUCCUGCUGGACCAGAACUUUGUGAGCAAGAUUGGUGAUGUAGGGCUCUCAACAAUGCUUAAUUCAGAUGCUUCCACUGCAACCACCAUGUACAAGGAAACAGGGCCAGUUGGAACACUCUGCUACAUAGAUCCUGAGUAUCAAAGAAGUGGGUUGAUUUCUUCGAAGUCUGACGUUUAUGCCUUUGGGAUGGUGAUUUUGCAGCUGCUGACUGCAAAACCAGCAAUCGCAUUGACACACAUGAUGGAAACAGCAAUUGAUGAUGAUCGUUUAUCCGAGAUGUUAGAUUCAGAGGCUGGGAAAUGGCCACUUGAAGAGACAAAAGAACUGGCUUUAUUGGGAUUAAGCUGCGCAGAGUUACGCCGUAGGGACAGACCUGAUUUGAAAGAUCAAGUACUUCCCACACUUGAGAGAUUGAAGGAGGUUGCUGAUAGGGCAAGAGAUACAAUUUCCAAGGUUCAACGCACACCUCCUAACCACUUCAUUUGCCCAAUACUUAAGGACAUAAUGUUCGAUCCUUGUGUUGCUGCGGAUGGAUACACGUACGACCGCAGAGCAAUUGAGAAGUGGCUUGAAGUGAAUGAUAAAUCACCCAUGACUAAUUUGGCUUUGGCAAAUAAAAAUCUAUUACCAAAUUACACACUUCUGUCUGCAAUUAUGGAAUGGAAGUCCAGUAAUCAAUGACCAUUUCCUCAUCUUCAUUCUUCAAUUUAACUCAGAAAGGGAGUUUUUGUAGCUAGCAUGCAUGAAUGGUUUUGUAAAGUAUAUUCAGUUGGUUUGGUGACAUGUCACGACUGUUUGGCAAUUCUCAGUUGGAGAAAUUCUUAGGUAAGGUGACGUCAUCUGUAGACUAAAUCAAUUGUAUGGUGACAUGUAAUUUUAUUUAUUAUAUUUUCAUUGAUCGAAUUUUAAUCA